AUGGAUUACGCGCGAAAAACACCAAGUUUCAAAUCUCAAGAACCAUUGAAAAUAGAAAAAUGUUUCCAACAUAGGGAAAUAAAUGCAACCACAUUUCCAGUUACUAUCAAGUCAAACUCCUCAUCGGAUGUAGUCUUUUUGAAACUUCCUGGUUACGAUUACAAACAUGGACAUACAGCAGAUAAAUUUCCUGUAAACUCUAAUUUAGUUGAAAAUCCAUCAAUAUUUCGAAAUGAAAACAAAACAUUUCUUUGGAUGUUAUCAGUAUAUACUGCAUCUGGACCUUACAAAAUUAAUUGUGGAGCUAUUGGAAUACAUCGCAAUGACGGAAGCCAAAUGCCUUAUGAUUGGAAGUUCAAUUUUAACUGGCAGCCCUUACCAAAUCCUUAUGUUAUGGCAAAACGAGUUAUAAUACUUGACCAACUCCCUUCUCCGGAAAACUGUGGCAACGAUCAAGAAAAAAUUUUAAAAUAUACAAAAGAUAAGAAAGGAAAAUUAUUUAAGCUCAACUUAGUUAAUGAUCAGUUGAAAACGUCGGAUGAAUUGCCACAUGCAAACAAGCUUUAUUAUUUUUUCACAAUACCUCAAGAUAGUUAUGAAAAAAAGUUUGCAGAACCUUGUACUAUAUUUAGAGCUGUCAACAAUAAACCACUAAUUGUUAUAAAAGGAUAUAAUUCAACUCAAAUAUUGCCGAACAAUACAAAAAUUAACGUUAUUAAAUUUGAAUAUUUGGAAAGUGCUCUCACAAUUCAACUUCUUCUAAAAAAUCUACCAAUAUUACAAGAUUUCUACAAGGACGAAGAAAUUUUAAUAAACAAGGUUAUAUUUACAAAGGAUGGUAUUAAAGAAGUGCCAAACUCGAACAUAAUCACUAAGGGCUCUUUCCCAUUAAAUGGAUAUGAAAUUUUAAAAUUUUCUUAUGAAUGGCUGUCGACUAGCAACAAAUACAAGAUAACAAAAAUAUUCUACUUCGCACCACCACAAGAGCAAUAUAUAUAUUUAUUGGAGUACUUUCUAUAUUCAUCAAAUGAGACGGUGGUCAAGCCAAACUGCUCUAUCAAUGGAUUCAGUUUUGGAUAUCUUUAUGCAGUUGGUUACAUUGAAAAGAUAGUUAGCCUAGAUGAGUUGAAUGCUAAUGGAGUAGCAAAAAAUGGUUUAUUUCGCUAUGGUUCUUUUUUUUCUAAAUGUGCUGGAAAUAGGAAUGUUCUUAUUCAUGCUUCACGUAGUGCUGGAUCACGUGUAUUCAUGUUCACAUAUUUCUGCUGUAUUUUGGAAGCAAUGGAAACUGAUACCUCAAUUAAUAAUCCAAUGAAGAUUAUAAAAGAAAUUCGUGAAAAGCGUUAUGGUGGUAACAUUUCUUCUAUGGAAUACGCUUACUUAUUGAAAGCUCUUAUUUCAUAUUUUUUUGAUAACAAGAUUUUAAUUGGUGGAAAUAAUAAAAGAUUUAAUUUUGCUAAAGAGUACGAAGACUAUCUUUAUAAGUUGGAAAAACGUGAAGAUGGAAGAAAAAUUUAA